CACCUGCCUAUGGGAAAUUGCUUCCACCGAAAGUUGGACGAUAAACAAAAAGAGAAUAGGCUAUUUAAGGACGACGACGACGAACGACUUAAAGUCAUUUUAGAACAUUUUGAGCGUCGACUUAUUUGUUACUUGAACUGAUGGUUUGUAGGAUUCUCGUCUCACUAUGAGUUCAGAUGAGAACAAGGCCAACGGAGCGUCCACGGCGGUCCCGCCGGUUACGCUUACUCGCAAAAGAUCACUCAAAGAAAAGGACAGAGCUGCGAAAGCACUCGCAAAUGGUCCCUUCUUGGAAACUGCUACAACGGUAGAAGGAAAACUCGUCACGCGUGUUUCACCGCCUGGGACGCCGAAUGACCGCAAGGACGACCUUCAACCGUCGGAAGCCGGUAUUAGAAGAUGGGGACGUGAUACUCGUCCUCGAAAGAAUUCGUUUACCCCACGACCAUCGCCAUUGGAUUGGGAGAUGUUGGAAAAGACAAAGAAUCCCCUGAGAGGCUUCUUCACGUUGUUCUGGAUGACGAUGGCGUACUCAAUGUCAUCGAGUUUGUAUCUGAAUUGGAGAAAGAAUGGACAGCCUGUUGGGAGAGCGUUAUUUGCGACCAUGUUCUCAGAGGGAUUCUGGGUUCUUCUUUACUCUGAGAUGGCACUCAUUGCCAGCCUUUUCAGUGUCGUCAUUAUCGAGAAGCUUUUUAUUGCUGGCUGGCUUCCCCGAUCUCUCACACGGGUCGUCCAACAUCUCUACCAAACUGCCUGGUUCUUCUUUUGUCUUUACUGGGUUUUCCACAACGAUUGGACUUGGACCCAGAGUGGUUUCUUCACUCUCCACUCUAUUUCCAUGCUGAUGAAGCAACAUUCCUAUAUGGCGUACAACAACGAGAUGUUGCAUCGCAAUGCGAAAUUUAUCGAAUGCGAGAACAAGAUGGACAAGAUUGCAGGGAAAAUGAAGAAACUGGGGGACGAUGCCCCAGAGUUGGAAGGAUUGAAUGCAGAGUGGGAGGAAUUGAGACAAAAAGCACAGGAUUUGCAGGUCGAGCUGUGUAAGGGAAAUACAAAGUUUCCCGAGAAUGUAACUUUUCUGAAUUUCAUGGAUUAUCUUUUGGUGCCUUCUCUGGUGUACGAGCUGGAGUAUCCACGGACGGAUCGAAUUCGUCCUUGGUACGUUUUCGAGAAAGGCAUUGGCGUCAUCGGAAUCAUAAUGAUUCUCUACGUUACCGUCGAAAACUACAUUUACCCUGUCCUUAACCGCAUGGACACACUCACCUUUUUCGAAUCCGUCACUCACCUCAUCCUCCCUUUCAUGGUCUGCUACAUGCUCCUCUUUUACCUCAUCUUUGAAUGCAUCUGUAACUGGUUCGCCGAAAUCACCCGCUUCGCUGACCGCGAAUUUUACGAUGACUGGUGGAACAGUGUGACUUUUGACGAGUACGCACGGAAAUGGAAUAAACCUGUUCACGAAUUCCUUUUACGCCACGUUUACUUGGAGAGUAUCUCCACAUACAAGUUCUCGAAACAAAAUGCAACGUUUUUGACGUUCUUCUUGUCGAGUUGCUUGCAUGAGUUGGUCAUGUAUGUCUUGGCGAAGAGAGUGAGGAUGUACCUGUUUACGAUGCAGAUGAUCCAGAUUCCGUUGAUUAUACUAUCGAGAUGGAGUAAAUUGAAGAAAUAUCCAAGGAUUGGGAAUGCGUUCUUUUGGUGGGGCAUUUAUUUGGGCCCACCACUCCUUGCUGUCAUGUACUGCCGUGAAUUCUGGACUACCACACAGGCAUAAUUUCAAAGACCUCAUGAUGACCGGUUCCGGUUAUCGUACUCAUGGUGCACUCAUAAGGCGCCACACGAAACCUCUCAAAGCCUGCCUGUUGUCCUCAUCUGAUUUUAGAAUCUCAUGUAUUUGCUGGUCCAACCUCGACUUGUUGGAUUCGAGUGAACCCGUUUUUUUUUUCUUUUUUUUUUUUUUUUUUUGCUAUUUAUUAAAGACCUCAAACUCUUGUAAGAAUACGAACAGUACAUAGUCUUUCCUUGUUGCUUGCCGACCGGGAAGGAUGGAAAUUGUUCUGAAAUGUUUUUUAGACAAUGAAUUAUCUGGUCACAAUGUUUUAACAGAUUUCGUUCCUUGACUAAGAUCAGAAACUCAAAUCAUCCGAUAUUUGAUAAUAUAAAUU